AUGAUUGCAGAUGACCAAGCACCUGAAUUUGCACAUGAUGGUGCUGCAGUUCCAGUAGAAGUUGACCCAUUCCCCUCCUCCAAUCAGCAAGAAGUUUUCUGGAAGGCUUUGCAGCAUGUGCAUGAAAUUGGCCAUGUUCCCCAUGGCUAUGGCAUGCAGCAGGAGGAAUGGGGUGAGAAAGGCUACCCUGAAUUAGAGGCAAUUCCAUCAGGAUUCCCCUAUGGUAAGCAUAGCUACUGGACUGCUGUGUUGGGCCUCAAGUUCUUGUUCUCAGGCUUCAAAACCCUCCACAUCACUCAUGCCCUUGUACAAGCAGGCAGAUUUGGAGUCAAACUGAGGACUGAAGACCAUGAGUUGUCAGCAAAAAGGACAGACACAGGAGCCAAGGAAUCUCUCAUCUUCAGUACCUCAGAUCAUCUUCCUACCCUAUGGGACAGUGGAGGUAUGUGCUGCCUGUUCCUGAAGACAAUGACAGUAUGGAUGAUGCUUAACCCUUGCUUGCACAUCUCUUUCCUGUCAUUCACUGGUCCAAGGCUCCUUCAACUGCUGAGUUCAGUUGGCUGGAGGCAUUGGGUCUUGCUCAUGCAAACUUUCAUGAAUACUUUCACUUUCAUCAUGACUGGGACUUUCCACAGCUGGAUGAGGAGCUUCACUUGUUAUUCCCCCAGCUCUUUGCAUAUCUUGACUUGCAGCCAAAGGUAUGACAGCAGCAAACAGGAUCCCUGCUACAAAUCGCUGCCACCCUACCAUCUCUGUGUCAAAAGUCAUAGUGAAGUUGCCAUCACAAGUGGUGCUGACUUCCCUACUGGGGAGAUCAUAUAUGAGAAGGUGAAGGCUGGAAAACUGGCUGAGUCAGAUGAUGGGUUUGAUGCACCUGUGUCACCAUCAAAACAUCAUCCCAAAUGCCUGUGGGUUAUGCAAAUUACUGAUGGUGCAGAUGAUAUGCCAACCACACCAGCCAUGACCCCCACCAUGAUUGGCCUUAGUGGCCCUGACACAGAAAUGGGGGAAUCUGCAGGUACUUCUGCACCAGCUGAGUUACCCCCACCAACAGCUCCAUCCACCCCAGUCAUGUCUCCUGCUUGUGCACUGCAGAAUAACUCCUUCAUGAUAGAUGACAUCAUCACCAAUCCUUGGAAGGUGAAUCAUACAUUCCAUUUCUAA